UUUCAGAGUUUCCUUGUUUUAUUCCUUGUUUCCUUGUCAUGCCCAAUUGCCCAUUGCCCACUGUUUUACCACUAAAAUAGUAGUAAAAUACACUACUGGCGCUCAAGAAUAUAAAAAGGGUUGAUAGAUAAAUUAUGAAAAAGUAAAGAAAUGGAUAGAAUUGUACUCUGUCCUUGUAUGCAAAAACCCAAACUCAGUAGUCUGUGAUCACCUAAACCCUGGCUUGCAAAAAGUGUAUAUUGUGAAUAUCAUCUGUGUGUAUAACAGAUAGUACAAAGCACACACCCACAGUGCUGUUUUCAAUUUUAAUUCAGGGUGACACUUGAAUAUAGAUAAAAUUGGUUGCUUCUCAAGUGUCUGGUGGAGGGACUUCUACUAGAUUGUUUACUAGGGAACUGAAUCCCACUGCAAGAAUGGGGAGGUCACUAUUACUGCAAAACUCUAGUCAAUCUCGCAAUUUUGACACGUUAGUUAAUGGGAAGAGAUUGAGAUGUAUUGACAUUGUUGCUCGUGCUUCAUUGUCCACCAACUACAUACAAAUGUCGUCACCCUUGCCCCUUAUGCGCCAAAGAAGACGCCCAUUAUCUGAUAUUAAUUAUUAGCUGAGUUCAGAUUCUAGUGUGCAAACUUCUGAUAUGGAUGAAAAUUUGUCCAUAGAAGAAGAGUUUGAGCCAUCAACUUCAGAAGAUACUUUCCUUGAUUUGAAUGAGAAUUCUACGUCGGUUGCAUCUGAUAAAAUUAAGGCUGAGUUAAGAGGAAAUGCCACCAAUCCAACACAUGAACUUAUCACGUUAUCCCUUCCAGCAAUUCUUGGACAGGCUAUUGACCCAUUUGCACAGCUUAUGGAAACAGCUUUUAUUGGUCGAUUAGGCCCUGUGGAGUUGGCUUCAGCUGGUGUGUCCAUAUCGAUUUUCAAUAUUGUAUCAAAGCUAUUUAAUAUUCCUCUCCUCAGUGUUGCUACUUCUUUUGUGGCUGAAGACAUUUCAAGAAAUGCACAUUCACGCUCCAAUUCAGGCACUUUAUCAUGCUCUUCCAAUGGACUACAUUACUGUUUCCAAGCUUCACAACAAGCUCGAAGGAGAAGUCAACCAGACCACUGUGCGCAAGCUAAUUGAUAAGAUGACAAAAGAAGGGUUUGUUGAAGCUCAAAGCAAUAGGAGACUUGGCAAGCGUGUGAUCCAUUCCAAUUUAACUGAGAAAAAAUUGCAUGAAGUCAAGAAAAACUUGAACCUUAAUGAGAUGGUUGAAGUUUAAAGUUCUUUAGGCACAUUAAUGCAAGUUUCUUUAAUUUCCUGUAAACAGAUUUUUUUUUAAAUGCAAAUUAUGUUGAUAGGAGCUGGAUGAGCCCCAAAGGAAGCUGAACCACUCAGAACCUCAGACAAUUGGAAGCAAAUAAAGGGACUUGUCUACUUGUGGCGGAGUUCGCUCCAUUGGAUCAGAUCUAACUCGCAUGAUAGGCAAGUCUGAUGCUUAUCAGAACGGAUCCAUCAGGAGUGACCAUACUGUUUUAAAGAUGAAAGAGCAUGGAACCCCCACAAGCAGAGCUCAGGGACUGGUCAACAACUGCCUUACAUUUACCAACCAGCAGCUUCUAGAGAGAGUUUUGCACAAGUAAUGGAAAUUGGCAGAACCAAUGGAAACAGUGACAAUUGCAGUGAGUUUGAUGUAAUCAUGUGCAGCAAGUCUUGAUCUCAGAGCAAGCGGUCCAGAAAAGCAAGCGCUGGAAGCUUCCAUCCAUGGCUGUGUUUUUAUAUUUAGUUAAUUGUCAUCAGCCAUUAAAGAGAUCAAAUGUCAUAAGAUUAAUACUCCAUGUAUACACACACAGAAAGUACAUCCCCCCCCCCCCUUCCUUCCAUUAAUUAUAUGUAUCUACCCUUAGGCCUCCGGAUAGAGCUUUUGGUGCAGAAUUGGAACGUAACAAUAAAAUCACAUAUUGUUGUCAUAUACCAAUCAACCUGAUUUCUGGAACAAAAAUAGUCUUACUCUUUUGUAGAGACUUAAUUUUCCAUUUUUUUGGUGACAGGUUAAGGAUCCUAUCCUUCAGUACACUAAGCGCCAGAAGGCUCAAGUCGCCUGAAAAGAAUCAGACUGCAUGGCCUGAUAAUUUCCAGAGUUUCUUUCCACUUAUUCCUAUUUCAUCAGACAGCACUUGAAUCAGCUUUCUUCCUUUCUUUGUUGAACCUGGUGAUCCGUAACUGGAUAUGUAAUAGAUAUGGUUAUUAUGCUUAUUAUGUUAACAGUUCAGACUUGUGAUAACACUUCCCAUAAGUUGUUUGGAGUCCAAGUAAGAUGAUAAAUGGCAACCAAAGGAGACCUGUUUUGUUCGUUUA